AUGCUUAUGAAAAAUCGAACACAGGUGAUUGAGUUUGUGUUUUCAGGAUUCAUAGACCAUCCAAAACUUCAAGUUGUCCUUUUUUUCAUAUUCUUGGUGAUCUACAUAGUCACUCUGGGGGCAAAUUUGGGGAUAAUCUUGUUAAUCAGGAUGGACCCCCAGCUCCAAAGCCCAAUGUACUUCUUCCUCAGCCACAUGGCUUUCAUAGAUGCUGGUUACUCUUCAACAGUUACUCCCAAGGCCAUGAUGGACAUUUUAGCUGAGAGAAAAACCAUUUCCAUUGCUGGGUGUGCUACUCAGUUUUAUAUGUUUGAUGGCUUUGUAAUCACUGAAUUAUUCUUACUAUCUGUCAUGGCAUAUGAUCGGUAUGUGGCCAUCUGUAACCCAUUGCUUUAUUCUGUAGUUAUGUCUAAGAAGUUAUGUACUACACUAGUGGCUAGUGUCUAUAUUUAUGGUUUUGUAAGUUCAGGGGUUCAAACAUUACUGACUUUUCGGCUAUCGUUCUGUGGAUCAAACAUCAUCAAUCAUUUCUACUGUAAUGACCCACCACUUCUAGCUCUGUCCUGCUCUGAUACACAACAAAAAGAAAUCCAGCUGUUAGUCUUAUCUGGCAUAAACUUAACCAGCUCCCUUAUGACAAUCAUCGUGUCCUAUACCUACAUUCUGUCCACAAUCUUUGGGAAACAUUUCAAGAAUGGGGGACACAAAGCCUUCUCAACAUGUGCUUCCCACUUGACAGCUGUUAUCAUUUUCUAUGGCACUCUUUUCUUCAUGUACCUACAACCAAGCUCUGCUCAUUCUCUGGAUUACGACAAAAUGGUAUCUGUUUUUUAUGCUGUUAUGAUCCCAAUGUUGAACCCCCUUAUCUAUAGCUUAAGAAAUAAGGAAGUGAAGGGGGCCCUGAGACGACUAAUGGGAAGGAAAAGGCUCUCACAGUAA